AUGCAAGCAAGUUUUCUAUCACAUCGAUAUUUCCACCCGUACAUUAGACGCCAUCUUGAAAUUCACCGACUAAUCCCCAAACCAAAUUCGGAUCGGAAACAAUAUUUCCGGGAUUGUUUCGAAAUGGAGGUGUGUGUCGAUUCUGUGCUGUCCGCCAUAAAUGCGGAGAAAGGGGGUGCCAUACGAGUAGAGCUUUGUGCCAAUCUGUCCGAAGGGGGAACAACUCCUACCUCGGGAAUGUUGAAAACCAUUAAGAAGUAUGUAAAGAUUCCUGUGUUUGUGAUGAUAAGACCCCGAGGUGGCGACUUCCUGUACAACCCAGAGGAAAUAGAAGUCAUGGAGGCAGAAGUGGUGGAUCUCAAACAAGCGGGAGCGGACGGUUUUGUUUUUGGUUUCCUUAAAGAGGAUGGUGCUGUUGAUAAGAAGUUAUCUUCUAAAUUCUUGGAAUUAACCAAGCCAUUGCCAGCAACAUUUCAUAGAGCCAUAGAUAUGACAUGUGACAUUCUCCAGGCACUUGAUGAUGUGGUGGAUCUAGGAUUUCAGCGGGUGUUGACGAGUGGUGGCUCUUCUUCUGCUUUAGAAGGAUUACCCAUAAUUCAACAGAUGGUUUUAAAGGCUGACAACAGAAUAUGUGUGAUGCCAGGUGGAGGUAUUAACUCAGGAAACUUGGACAGAAUUUUAGAUGGUUGUGGAGCAAAAGAAUUCCAUGCUUCAGCACGAUCAACUAUCCACUCCAGAAUGCAGUACAGAAAAGAGGGCAUCUCUAUGGGGGCCUCUCUGUGUCCUCCAGAAUUCAGUGUCAAGGUCACAGACAAGGAAAAGGUUCAGAAUCUUGUACAGAAGCAGUGUUGUAAUAAAAAGUGACAAAAAAUUAUGUAUUCCAAAGUUGAUCGAUUUUCCAAGAAUACCAAGAGCUACAUGAAAUAUGGAGAUAAUGAUCAGUAUUCCGGCUCAAAGUCCAUUAAAACAGAACAAAUUGGGAGCAGAGCAAACACAGACCUCCAAAAACAUCAGAGGUGGGAUCAGGUGCCAUGGAGGAGUGAGCAUCCCCUAAGACAAUGAAAAUUCUCAACUUAGGCCUACAAUAAAAAAUGAUUCUUUUUGUUGUACUCCAACUGACCCAUCAAAAUUGCCCCUACCUGAUCAUUUCAUUUUGUACUUAAAAUUGUUUUUAUUUUCUUUUUUUUCUUUUUUUUAAAGAAAAUACAGAUUUUUUAUAUCAUUUUAUAUCAUUUCUCAAGACACUUUUAAGAUUGAAAGUUUUUACAGCAAUAAAUAUUAAAUCUGUCUUACUG